GGCAUCGGCCAUCCGCGACGCGAACUUUCACCCGGACGACGGUCCCGCGCAUGCCGCGGCGCCACUUACGAAGUUGUCGCGCGUGUAAGUGAAUUAGAGGAGAGGAGAACAUUCUCUCUCUUCCUUCUCUUCGCGAAUAUUGUGCGGAAGAAUAUACGACGCAAGUCGCGACGUCGACGCGGCUGAAAAGUGUGCGAUUGACUCUGAAACUCGGGACAUUAAUCCUUUGGGAUUUUGGUCUCGGCGGCGAGACACGGGAGAUGGUCAGUGCAGUUAGCGAGGAAACAGAAAUUAAUUCCAACUGGAAUUUACACGUUUCUUCGGAUUAAUUGUUGCGCGCGCGCGCAACAACGAUGCCUCUUCCUCGUGGACGGUGGCGUACGGAUGAAUCAAAAUUGCAUCGCGUCGAAUGCCGGCGUUGAUUUUAUCUAUCCCAAUCGCACGCCUACGGGCGAACGCGUGCACGCGAAUGGAAAAACUGUUUGGAAAAACACAAGCUGUAGGCGACAACGAGCGGCGCUAUCUCUAAUUUUAAUUUCACCGGCCGCCGCCGACGCCAGGAUACGGCCGGUAUAUAAACCGCAUUUGCGUUUUCGGUCGCUCGAUCGCGCGAUGAAACCAGCCGGCCGGAAGAGUUUCGAUGCUGUCCCCGGAAUUGCGGCGAGCCGCUCUUAACCCGGAUCGGGUCGCGAAGGAAGAAGAGAAUUGUCGGCAAGAUCACCGUCGAUCGCCGAAGAAGCUGGGUGAUAAUUACGAGUCGAAUCCAUGGACCAGAAAGUGCGCGAACGCCGUCGAGCGAUGGAUUUUGUGUUGUUGCUGCUCGUGAUGCUGCUGAGGCAAGAAGUCGCUGCUCUGGAGAUACUUAAAAUAAAUGUCCCGGCGUACAUCCUCAGAGGCAAGACAGCGCUUCUGGAAUGCAGAUACGAUCCGGGAGCAGACAAUCUCUAUGCUAUUACAUGGUAUAAGGACCACGAGGUAUUCUACAAAUAUAUACUACAAACAAAAGAAGGCCACACCUAUCUCGUCAAUGGUGUUAAAGUUGACAAAGAACAGUCGAAUGACCAGAUGGUAGUAUUGCAAAAUGCGAGCCUUCAUGCCAGCGGCAAAUACAAGUGCGAAGUUAAUGCAGAGGCGCCGAACUUUAGCUUAGUUAGCGCCGAGGCGAACAUGGAGGUCAUAGCGAUAUCUCAGGAAAGCCCAUCGAUAAGAGGAGAGGAAAAGGUGUACGCGAGUGGCGACGUGCUCGCAUUGAAUUGCACCAGCAGCAAGUCCUAUCCUGCCGCGAAACUUAAAUGGUUCGUUAAUGGCGUGCAGGUGAGAUCCGAUUCGGAAACUGUGCUCGAGCAACACGGACUGUACUCAACGAUAUCGAGUCUGGAGCUCGAGUUAGAGCCGGGUCAUCUCGCAAGCGACAAGAUAAACGUCAGGUGCGAGGCGACGGUGCGAUCGAGUCACGACAUCGACAACCCGUUCGUCGACACGCGUAACACCGAGGUCUUCGUCCGAGGUCUCGCCACCCUGACGACACCUUCGCUAUGUCUGCUGGCGGCAGCGGCCCUGCAGCGAUUUCUGCUGCCCGUGUAGAUCCUUUGAUGAGGGGGUCGAUUCUAACAUGAGAGAAGAUAGGGAGAGAAAGCGGUUCACGGAAAAAAAACAAAAGGCGAGAAGCAACAAAAGUUUCGUGAUGAAAGACAAUCAUAUCUUAAUACGAAGCGAACUGCGACGAGAAAAAUCGGAGGAUAUAUUAGUCAGAUUUAUCAAUCGUUAUUGUAACAGCAAACGAUCCUCGUGAUUUUUUUACGUCGCGGCGCUUUCUCGUUAGACCGGAGAGUAUCGAGUUGGAUGAGAAACGAUUUGUUCGAGAGUAUCUUGUGCCCAUAUCUCCCCGACACACAUAAUCUUAGAUAGUUUAAUUAAUCGCGGAAGAAAGUACGCGAUAUAUAAUCAAGUGGACACAUCCAUGAAGUUCUUGCACGUACGAGAAAUUCCUCCUCGGCAAGCAUCGAUUUCGUUGGAGUCGAUAUCUGCGUCAUGACUCAUGAAAUAGAUUCAAAUCGGUCGUAUUCGGGGAUUCAAAUUCUCGAUAAUGUGAAGAAACUUUCCUAACUUUUUAUUUUAGUGAUAUACUUGGAGAAUAAACUUUUUCUUUUACAAUCAUAAAAUAAAUUUUGAAUUAAAUUUGUCAAAUUAUAAAAAUACAUUCAAUAGAAAUGCAAUAGAACGUAAGAUGACUAACGAAACUAGAUUGUUUUUUGUUUUUUUUUUUUUGUGAAUUUGAACCCCAGAAAUUUGUAUUUUUUACGUUUCAUUUUUCUAAUACUUCAAAAAAAGAAGGAAUGCAGUCAAUCGGAAUUAUAAAUGAAAAAUGAGAUUUUUCGUCGAAAACAAGGAGAAGAAGAAUAAAUAUAUCUUACUGCCGUACCAGAAAUAUAACAUUAGAGAAUGAGAAUUUAAAAAAGUGAAAUAAAAGAGAAUAUAACGAGCUA